ACAGGAAACCAUCACCAUGACUACCAGCACAGCCACCUGGACCUGACGGCACUCACGCCUAAACUGGAGCGACCCCAGCGGAUGAACAACAUCCUGACCUCGGCCACGGAGCCCUACGACCUGUCCCUGUCCAGAUCCUUCCAGAACCUGAGCCAUCUGCCGCCGUCCUACGAGCUGGCCCUCAAGUCUGACUUAAGCAUCGAUAAGGACGUGGACGACUACUACCCACGGAAACAUCACCAUCUCGACUUUGGCGGCAGGGGCCCGACCCACCUGGUGAAGCUGAACGCCGACCCCCCGCAGCAGCGGCAGCGUCCCCGCCGAGUCCAGAGGGCCAUGUCCCAGGACCACGUCCUGUCUCCCCCCAGGACGCCACGGCGGAGUGAUUACGGCUUAUCGUCGUACGGCGUCAUGGCGGCCGCGGCCUACAGUAGUAGUCGGCACCUCUCGGACGAGCAGCUGCUGUCGGCGGACCGCCUCCAUUCCCAGGAUCCUUUGCUGCUGUCUCCCGCCAUGAGGCGCGACAAGUUCCGAGAGAAGGCGAUGGCACGGGCGAUGUCCCACGCCGACAUGCUGAUGCCUGUGACGCCGGUCAUGGAACGCCACAAGAUGCCCAAGAUGCACUCUCAGCCCAGUGCCUCCACCGACUCGUACAACACGCUGACGGUCAACCACCUGGCGAGCACGUCCAAGCGGCAGGCGUUCGCCUCCAGACGAACUCACACGGUGGACCACCUACAGUACAUCCCGGGCCACCACCACACGUACCGCACCGCCAGUAAGAACGAGGUAACUGUUUAGAAACGCAGCGGCGGCGGCGGCAGCGUCUUCUACGUGAAACUCUUCCUGCUUUUUAGCACAAGCUUCCUGUCAUCCAGGUCCUGGACUAGAUCCACGUCUCUCUUUAGCAUCAUAAGGGCUUAGCGUGUGGACAGAGAUCCUCCAUGGCGGACGGCGUGGAGAGAAUAUUUUUUAACGGGUCAUGGACUCAGAGGGAACCUCCUUUAUAAAUAUAUAAAUAUAUUUACUACCUGUAUUUUCAGUCUUUGUAGAGCUGUAGAGAUUCUCACGGAGCACGCGGACUAGUGCCUCUUCAAUCGUCCCAUUUCUAUCAGGAAGUGGAUUUGUGGGUUAAAAAGCACAAUUUCUGACUCUCCCUUUGUGUUGGGCUUCUUCUUCUCCUCUUUGGUAAACGGCCAGAACAUAUCAGCUUCUUAGAGAAACGCUGUUUCUGCAUAGAUGAUUGUAAAUACGCUCUCUUAGCAGCAUUUAAAGACGGACGCUGGCCUUGGCUUUCUGUUCCACGGAGUCUCAAACAGACUCCUGGUUCUUAAGUUCACUUUUAGAUAAGGCAGAAACCCCACGUCUGCACUCCCUCCACAGAUGUCUGCAGUAGAGGUGGAGCCUGUUUUUAUUUCUAACGUGUGGUAGCAUACAGUAGGUGGAUGUGUAAGCUUUAGCACUGACUGGCAGCUUCAGACGUGAUUCACAGAUAAAAACAGAGCCUGAUGGUUGUUUCACUAGAUUAUUUCCUCUCCAAUCCUUUCCUCGCUUCAUCAUUGACUAUCCUGAGCCGCCAUGCUCGGGUAGCCGCCUCCAUCUCUUCAUAUCAGAUCCUUUAGCCUGGAGCUGAGGAGCGAAGGAUGGAGACGAGCUUCGUCUUACAUAGAACAAUCAGUACGGCAGAGGUCGGUCAAUCAGGCAGUAAAACUGUGAAAUGUUGGCCCAUUGAAGCAACGCCUUAUUGUAUAGAGUCCCAUAUGCUCUUAACUGAACAAUCACGCUUUGGUCGUGUGUUUGUCUUAGCUUUCUGUGCAAUAUUAUCGAGUUUGAUUUACCAGCAGAACCAGUAGGAAGGAGGCGGUCUGUGAUGGAGGAUACUGGUCAGACAGAAGCAGAGAGGUCUCCAGAUUUAACUAAAGCUAGUGUUGUCUACAGCUGACAGGCUCUUCUCUGUUCUAGCAAAGACACUCAUCAGGAAUACAAACAUGACUGAACAGGUUUUCAUUUUACAGUUAGACACCAAAUACAAGGUCUAAAUAACUCAACUAUCAAAGAACAGGAGCAAAUUUGACUAAUAGAUGUGUUUAUGGUGGACUGGGUACAGGUACAGGGCUAAUUCAAGUACUGACCCCAUGGAUGUUUCACCGUUUAUCGGAUGUAUAAAUCAGUUUAUUUAUUCAGAUGUGCAGCAUUUAUUUUACCCUCUAC